GGUCUCCAGCUCUGAUAUCACACACAGUAAAUGCUCUUGAUCGACCCUGAAGAGUUCAUCUGCUGUAGAAACACUUCAGUUUGGGCGGUGUGGAUUAAACAUUCUGUUGCUGGGUCCGACAGCGUUUCCGAGAUGCUAAAUUCAGUGAUUUUGGAAAUCUCAGGGCAGUUUGAACUUUCAGAGAGACUUGAAUAAGCAACGCAUCAGCAGAAAAGCUGUGGAGAAGAGAGAGACGAGGAGGGGAGGGGGCUCUGCCUUGAAAAGUUCAUUAACCUGAACUAAGGUGUAGCUUUGCUACAUUUUUUUUCUUUUAAGGGUUUCUUGUCCAGGCAGCAAAAUUUCACCUAAAAGCAGACAACAGGAUCGUCCUGCGCUGACACGACUGGUCGGCAGGAAACGGCUGGUGGCAGCAGGGGUCCUGGGGGUCGUUAUGGUUCUGGUUUUGGUGAUCCUCAUCCCGGUUCUUGUCAGCUCAGCAGGGGCAGCGGCUCACUACGAGAUGCUCGGUACUUGUAGGAUGGUGUGCGACCCGUACGGCACCAAAUCUCCGACCAGCACCGUCACCACGGACACCGUCAGAGACAACAGCCUCAUGCAGUCUUUGCCCACUUUUAUCCAAGGUCCGAAAGGAGAACCGGGUCGUCCGGGUAAGGCAGGUCCAAGGGGAACUCCGGGUGAGCCGGGACCUCCCGGUCCAGCCGGACCGCCCGGAGAUAAAGGUGAACCGGGCAGACCCGGUUUACCGGGACCUCCGGGACCCAGCGCAGCUGCCGGUGCCAUCAGCGCGGCCACCUACAGCACCGUGCCCAAGAUCGCCUUUUACGCAGGGCUGAAAAAACAGCACGAGGGAUAUGAAGUGCUCAAGUUCGACGACGUGGUGACCAACUUGGGAAACCACUACGAUCCCACUACUGGAAAGUUUACGUGCUCCAUCCCCGGGAUUUAUUUCUUCACUUAUCAUGUGCUGAUGCGCGGAGGGGACGGCACCAGCAUGUGGGCUGACCUGUGCAAAAACAACCAGGUACGUGCUAGUGCCAUAGCCCAGGAUGCAGACCAGAAUUAUGACUAUGCCAGUAACAGUGCUGUGCUGCAUCUGGAGCCCGGAGACGAGGUCUACAUUAAACUGGAUGGAGGCAAAGCUCACGGAGGCAACAACAACAAGUACAGCACCUUCUCUGGAUUCAUCAUCUACGCUGAUUAGACAGCACUUACUGCAUAGUCACUCCCAGCUACAACAAGCCUUGUAGCCCAGAGCUCCAGAUUUUAUUUCAACAAAUUAAAUAUUUUAAAACAUACUCUUUUUGGUCAAAAAAACCCGACUGCAAACCUGCACAUGAUUUUCUUUUCUGCAUUUUGUCAUUUCCAUGGUCUUCAGUAAAAUUCACUUUGAACAGUAAUAUCAAUAAAGUGGUUGAAUCGUUAAAGUGUGGGAUCAAAGCACAUCCUCACUUUCUACACUGGUAGUGGUUGUCUUAUUAUUAUGGUGUGACGUCUGUGAAAAGCACAGGAAGCCUGUGUGCAUGUGUUGGAGGGUGGGCUCUGACAGGACAGGUGGCGGGAGAUCACUGUUGAAAAUGCUGUCGGCAAAAAUCUGGAAAAGGUCGAAACAGACGGGUGAUGUUUGGAAAAAAAUAAAUGUGAACGCAUCAUUUUAAAGAAUGCUACAGGUACAAUUGUGGUUCUGUCAAACCUACACCAGAGUAUCUAGUCUGCAAGUGUGUUUCAUUUUAAAAAAAGAUACUUGGACCUGACCUACACCUGAUGUGAGCACCCCUCCCAGUAAGCCUCUGAUGCAACUGGACAUGGCUUAGACUGUGUUGCACCAGUUAAGCUGUUGGGAAUGGUGCACAGAUUGGAUGGUUGUAAAGCUGACAAAUCAACAGCCAUCAGCACAUGUGGAGAUUAAAACUUCUGAUAUGACAUAUGGUAGUGUGAAUAUAGCAUCACGUCCAACACAACAAAGUAAACUGUAACGAAAACAUCAGAUUUUUUGCUGACAUAUUCACCCUCCUCCGCUUCUGUCUCCUCACGUAAAUCACAAGAUUUAUCAGCAAAUGUCAGGUUUCUAACUUUUAUUUGCCCCUUCCAUUAAAGAAGAUGUGAAAAGGAAUAGUUCAUAAAUCUGUUUCAAAAUCAAAAAGAAACUAAAUCAGAUUCAAUCAUAAUUACCAGAUUUAGAACGUGUCUAUAUGAAAAGUAAUCUGGCUGAUUGUUGGACUCCAAACAGAAACUGAGUUCUUAUGGAUUUGUAUUAUCUAGCCUCCUGUAUCUGGACUUUAGGGUAAGACUAAUAAAAACAUUAUGAUUUGAUUAAUUCAGGUCCAGAGUCAAAGUAUUUCUUUUAGUUGGCCGCUACAUUUAUAAAUAUGAGUUAUAUAGGUAUGAGAAAUAUAAAAGGCAGAAGAAACUGUUUGUCACAUGAAAAAAAACUUUGCAGAAAGCUUACGGCAGCAACCUGAAAACAAAAAGAACACUGAUAUUGCAGUGACAUAUACAGGGUACAGAUUCAGUUUUCAAUUCAGUUUUAUUUACUUAGCACCAGUUACAGUUCAGAUUGUCUCAAGACGUUUUACAGAACCCAUAAGGCCUGAAGCUCCAGAGCGAGAAAAAACUUCCUUUGUGAUGCAAAUAGUAUCUUUGCAUUUCACUCUUAGCUGCUAAUGAGGAGUCAGAGUUCACAUCCUUUAUGUUAUUUACACUUGUACACCCAAUAUAAUGUAAUGCAGAAUAAUAGAAGAAUUGUUUUAUCAAAGGAAUGACGCACCUGACAGUUAGCUAGAAUAUUAUCAUGUCAUGGAAGGUGGAAGUGCAGUUUCUUUUUUUUAGGGGGGUGGGCGGGGAGUGCAUAUUUUAAAAUAUGACAUCCGCUUGCAUUCCUGAUCAAUCAGCAUGUUUAGCUCUACAAGCCCUAAAAGUUUCUCAGCCUUCAGAAAGCAAAACCAAUCAGACAUAUUAGAGGGUGAAAGGACCCCCUUAAACAUCCUGCAGUGAUACAAGAGUGACACAGAAAGUGCUCUGGUGGUCAUUUCAGGAUGUUUGAAGUUGUUUGCUUGACCAUUCUACAAAAAGAAAAUGUUAUCCUUCCACUAAAGAAGAAAAUCCCACAGUGGUCACUGAAAUAACUGAUAACAGUAAUAAUAAAGUAAAAAUGAACUGAAAAGCAGACAUUGCUUUUGAAUUGUGUUUCAACAGAGUCACUUAAAAAAACAAACUAAUGAAACAGACCUGGACUAAAAUGAAGGCACAGCCUUUUGAGGAAAUCACUACAAUCAAGUGAUGUCUGUGCACUUCUGCACCUGUCAGCAGGUAUUUUGGCCCACUCCUGGUGAGCAAACUGCUCCAAGAGUUUCAGCUCCUUCCACAGAUGUUCAACAGGAUUUAGAUCAGAGCUCAUAGAAGGCCACUUCACAAUAGUCCAGUGUUUUCCUCUUAGCCAUUCUCGGGUAUUUUUAGUUGUAUUUUUUGGGUCUUUAUCCUGUUACAGACCCAUGACCUGUGACUGAGACCAAGCUUUCUGACACUGGGCAGCACGCUUUGCUCCAGAAUACUUUGAUAGUCAUCAGAUUUCAUUGAACCUGCACAGAUUCAGACACCCUGUGCCAGAUGCAUCAAAGCAGCCCAACACUUUAACCCCUUCUCCUCCAUGUUUCACAGUAGGGACACUGUUCUUUUCUUGAUAUGCUUUAUUAUGGCUUCUGUGAAUGUAGAGCUGAUGUGACUUUACAAAAAGCUCCAGUUUUGUCUCGUCUGUCCAAAGGAGAUCCUCCCAGAAGCUUUGUGGCUUAUCAGUAUGCAUUUGGCAAAUUCCAGUCUCAUUGUAUUAUGAUUUGUUUCAGCAGUGGUGUCCUCCUUGGUCGUCUCCCAUUAAGUCCACUUUGGCUCAAACAGUGACAGAUGGUGCGAUCUGACACUGAUGUACCUUCACCUUGGAGUUCACCUCUAAUCUGUUUGGAAGGUGUUCUGGGCUCUUUUGGUUCCAUUCGUAUUAUCCGUCUCUUAAAUUUGUCUUCAAGUUUCCUCUUGCAGGAACAUCCAGGGAUGUUGGCUACAGUCCCGUGACCAUGAACGUCUGAAUAGUCUGUGCAACUGUAGUCACAGGAUCAAGCAGCUUGGAGAUGGUCUUAUAGCCUUUACUUCUAACAUUCUUGUCUAUAAUUUUCUUCCUGAUCUCCUGAGACAACUCUCUCCUUAGCGAUCUGGGGUCCAUGUUCAGUGCAGUACACACCAUGUCACCAAAGAGCUCAGUGACAACUUUUCACUCUUUAAAUAGGCCGACUGACUGAUUGCAAGUAUCGAGACACCUGUGAUGCUAAUUACAGGACAUACCUUAGUUUAACAUGUUCCUAUGGUCAAAUUAUCUCAGUUUUUUCUAGCGGUAACAUCAUUUUUGUCCAGAUCAGUUUCAUUAGUUUUUUUAAUGAUUCUGUUGAACCACAAUUUAAAAGAAAUGUCUGAUUUUCAUGAGUUAAUUUUCAGUAAUGUUUUCUUUGUUGUUACUUUGUAGUGACCACUGUGGGGUUUUCUGUCUUUAACAGGAGGGUACCAACACUUUUGUCCACAUGUCUCAGCUCUGGUGUUUGCUCGUCCUGUUACAACCUCACUAAAGCUGCUUCCUCCUCAACCAAAUUGGGAUUUUCUGGGUCUAGUAAGUAAUAAUAAAAGGAAUAAAUGCUAAACACAUCGCCAAGACCUUCAGAGACUUGAAAAAUGUAUUUUAUAGCACUACAACUGUGUUUUCUGUAGCAUUUAAGCAAGUAACACAGAUGACAUAAAACAUCAAAGCAUUACCUAAGCAUUCAAAACUUCUGAGUUGCUUUGCCUUUGUAUAAGAUCUCAGUUUACUCUGUUGUUCAUGUGUGUGUGUGUGUGCGUGUGUGUGUGUGUGUGUGUGUGUGUGUGUGUGUGUGUGUGUGCGUGUGUGUGUGUGUGUGUGUGUGUGUGUGUGUCAGCUGCAAUGUGAACAGAAACCACUAUGCAGAAGUAGAGAAUAACAAUAAUACAGUCAUGUAUCUUAAGGAUUGAAUAAAUAUGUAUCACUGUGUGCAUACUGUUGUAAUACAAACUGUUCCUUUCUGCCUGUCAGUGUACAUAAUGUGGAGGAAUGGGAGGGGAAAUGAUUUUGAGUACUCAGUUAAUCAACUCAUCAUUUCACUAACCACUGAUUAUCUCUAAGUUCUAGCCUACCCCGUGUGUAUUGGUAUGAAAGGCAUACGUAAUGGGUGCAAUAAUAUAGAAACUUUGCACUCUCCUUCUGUCUUAUAACAGUUCCCUGUGUACUGUUAACUGAACAAUGUCUCCAUUAAAUGGACAGAAACACCGUUGUGUCUGUGUGUGAAUGUACAGUGACAUUGCUACGAGGCACAGCACUAGAUGUUCUCAGCACACGUUGUAGCAGAGCCCUAUAGAUUAGCUAUGACAGUGAAAACAUAGCAGGUAGACUGCAAAAAAUGCUAGUUUUCCAGAAUCAACGAUUAAUGUUUGAAGUAUUAAAUAUUUAUGGUAUUAUACUGUUAAUAAUGGAUGAAAGGGAUCAGAGUGAAGCAUUCUAUAAUCCAUUCCAUAUUCUGUAACAGCUGGUGUCACAUCUUAUUGUAAUCUUAUUGACUUUAAGGUACCAGUGAUAAUACUGAUUAUAGAUUAUAGACUAAUAUGAAUACAUAUAUUGAUUACUUUGCCUGUCUUGUCCAGCAUACUGGGCAUAAUGUGAAUCAUUAAAGAACUUUGAAUUAA